GGUACAGAAGGAGACUGAACCACGAUGGACUAUGAACCCAAGAAGUCCAAGAAGGGUUUUGUCUCUCCCAUUAAGCGGCUGGUCUGGUCCAAAUCUGGUCGCAGGCAGGCAGACCGAACCAGUGUUUACCGCCGGCCGCUGCACACCGUCCCCCUCUACCCCCACUACAUCAUCCACCCUGAAAGACUCAUCUUCGACUACGUGGAGAAGGAGGUCAAGUUCCUUGGUCACCUAACCUGGGUGUCAGUGUCUCUGAACCCCUCCAGCCGAGACGAGCUGCUACAACUACUGGACACAGCCAGGCAGUUGAAGGUGCUGCCUCUGAAGACCAGCGUGGAUCAGGACUGUAUUCUGAGUCUGUCGGCUCGCUGCCUGCUGCUGACGUGGAGAGACAACGAGAAGCUGCUGAUGAGGAUCCCGACGCACGAGAUCGCUGCUGCCUCCUACCUGCGAGACGACGCGCUGCACCUGCUGGUCCUCAAGACAGGUCUGAGAGUGGACACUGUGGUUGCCGGGGACGACAGCCUGGACAGGAAAAAGCCGACCGGCAUCGAUGGGCGACGUCAAACCAUGAGCUGCAACGCUGACCCGCGACCAGCAGGGGGCACCAUGGAGCGCAGACACACCAUCUGUGGAGUGGACUGGAGGCCGUCGCUGUCCAGGAGUAACCACGACAAAAACCAGAAUGUGGACAGAGGAGGAGGAGGAGGAGGAGGAGGUGGUGGGGGAGGAGGGGGAGAGAAAGGGGGAGGAGGGAGUUUAGAGAGGAAGAGAGUGGGAGGCAGCUGGGAGAGGAGGCAGCCGACACGUAAACCAGGAGGGAGCUGGGAGAACCGCAGGGCGAGACCUAUGAGCGGGAGCUGGGGGGUGGGUGUAGGAGGGGGAGGCAGCUGGGAGAAGAGGCAUGGAGGAGGGGUAGGAGGCGGUGGAGGAGGAGGGAGCUGGGAGAGGAGAGGAGGAGGAGGUGGAGGAGGAGGAGGUGGUGGAGGAGGAAGCUGGGAGCGACGGCAGGCCUGCACGGGGAGCUGGGAGCGAGGGAAGAGUUACGGCAGCUGGGAGAGAAGGAACCACAACCCUCUGGAGCCGACGCCGUGUCCUGACGCCUACUGUAACCUGGUCAUCCUGGCUGUGGAGAACAGGGACGCUGCGGAGGAGUACUGUUCCCUGAUCUGUCAGAUGUUCCAGGUCAUUUACGGUCAUCAAACCAUCGAGUGUGUCGACAGGGCCGGUUUCCACCACACUAUGCCGGACCGAUACUGGCUGCAGAGGAGUGACAGCUGUCUGAGUGACAUGUCCUACAGUUAUGAUCCAGAGUUUAGCUGCUGCAGCUCAUAG